AUGCAGGGGAGCCGGGGAGCAGGCACCGCUGGCGGUGGGGAGGCGGCCGCCGGGUCGCUGGGGCCCUCGGGGGCCCCGAGCCGGACACACCCCGGGGAGGAGAAGCCUCCUGGCCGCGCAGGAUUCCAUGUGACGCGCCUGGUGAGCUGGAAGCGGAGUCCGUGCAGGACUUCAGCCCUGUUCGCUGCAGCCAACACGCUGAUCUGGUUUGUAGCUUUCAGCUGUUUUCGAGUCUACAGCCUCGUGGCCAUCCUGCUCGCUCUGCUGGUCGUCACGGCGACGGUCAGAGAUCUUUAUACGACCAUGUCUGCAGGAGCUCACCUGUGGAGCAGCAUGACAACAAGCUGGGAGAUCAUUGAUUCAGGUCCUGAUAGCCGGUCUGGAACUGGACCUCAGCUCAGCGACUCCCUCAAACUCUUCCUGCAGGAGACGUCGGCUUUCAAACAGCAAAACCCUGGCAAGUUCUGCCUGUUGGUUUGCAGCUUGUGCACCUUUUUUGCUGUUUUAGGGCGUUACAUUCCAGGGAUCGUUAUCUCAUAUAUCUUUGUUUUUAGCUUUUUCCUGUGGCCUCUGCUUUCAUCUUAUGAUGCUGGUUUGUGGCUGAAGCCAGUUCUGCAGAAGCUGGACUUUGGCAUUGGACAGUUUUUUCAGAAAAUCCAAGAGAACCAUGAGAAGAGACUCAUUCAGGCGCAGACUGAGAAAGAAGGCAUUGAAUCUGACCUUUCUUCCAUGUUUCCCAAGCUGGACUCUACAGUUUGUAAAGAAAUGUCUGUGUCGGACACAGAAGUGUCUGAUGUGACAUGGACAGACAACGGUACUUUCAACCUAUCAGAGGGACACACACCACAGACAGAAAACUCGGAGGACCUCGACAGAGAAGAAGCAUUCACUGGUGGUCUCCCAGAAUUCCCGUCACUUGAUAACGGCAUGUCAAGCAAUGGUGAUGAUGAUGACCUCAGCCUUGACCUUGCCUUACCUCCACUUCAGCCACAGCAACCAAUCAAAUCCAAGCAUUCAGCUCUUCCUCCACACAAAGGCCAACCUGCAGACAACACCCUAGAGGUGGUCAACCAGAUGGCAGGUGAUGUCAUCACCGCCGCCGUCACAGCCGCCAUUCAGGAGAGAAUAGAAGCAGCGGUCAGCUCCAUGGGUCUGAGCAAGGAUCCUGAGCAGUCCAGACCCCCUGACUCGACCCGGCUGCUGGAGCUGGAUGAGGAUUCGGACAGCGAAGUGGAGGACUUUGAGCUGUUGGACCAGUCAGAGUUGGAACAACUGGAAGGGGAGUUAGGGCUGGUAGAGAAGAAGACAAAGUCUAAAGAGGAGGUGCAAGCAAAAAGUGACAAACCAUCCUCGUCUGGAUUCUUCUCCAAACUCCUCAGACGCCACUGAUUAGAGAAAAGUUAGGGAAAGCUCUGCAAGGGACGAUAAUGGGUCACAGAAAACACACGGGGAGAUGGAGAAUUGUGAUCACUUUAGGCUUUUUGUGCAAAUAAAACAAUGUUUUCAUUUUUUUUUUAUCUCACACAGACAACCUGAAUGGUUUUAGUUUAAUAAAUGUGGAGGUAGAAGUUCAGUCACUUUAAUCGGAUCCAGCCCUAAUAUGAGAUGAGCCCAGUAAAGCCCAAAUCACACGCUGAGCUGUGCAUAAAGCCACAUACUGUAUCUGAGAAAACCUUACAUGCACCAGGAUCUGUUGAAAAUGAAAAUGCAGCUGGAAUACCUCCAUGUAAAAUCAGUGAAUCAGAUUUUUUUUUAAAUAGAAUAGAAAAAAAUGUAUAACCAUUUAGAAGUUAUCUGAAAAAAUUUUAAAAUCACAAAACAAAUGUGUCAAACAUCUUCCAAUUUUGGAUUUCUCUGCAAU